AUGAAAAGUAAGAUAUCUGAAAUCUCAGCCGAGUACGAUAUUGAACCCAGAGCAUAUGACCAUCCGAAAUUUAUGUCUUAUUCUACUAUGAGAGGAAAGCAAGGCAUCCUUAAUUUCGAUGUUGUAAACAUAAAAGAGGAACACCUUCAUAAUCCUCUUGAUACCCUUCUUCCUGCUUAUAUAUCUCCUCCAAUCAUCAUGGAGCAUGAUUUUCAGAAACAAGAAGAUCCUCAGAGUCCAAAUGAUAAAAAGAGUUCUUCUCUAUCCCAAGAAGAAAAUAUUUCAGAAUGGAGUUUUGAUUUCAAAGAUAUGGAACUUCCAAGCUUCGACUUUGAACCUAAACUUUCUUCUAUGUCUCAAGAAAAUCCUUGGGGAGAAUCGACUGACAAUUCAACAUUAAGACGCAAAAUUGAGGCCCACCCUUGGCAAACCGGAGAUUCCAAAGCUAAGAGAUGGGGCAAAAGAGAGGAUAUUGCUUUAUUUAAAGCUUUCAGACAAUGCGAAGAGCAAGGACUAAUUACUCUGUCUUCGAUUUCUCAACUUAGAACAAAUGAUCAAAUUAGUUCUCAUGAAUGUAUCAAAAUUAUCAAAAAUAGACUGGGAUGUAGACAAAGUGCUCGCUUCUUAACCAACAGACUUUGCCUAAAAUUGACUAAUAAAUUUUCUGUCAGAGAGACCAAGUUGUUGAAGAGGCUUCUCAAGACCUACCAAUACAAUAAUUUGAAUUAUUCUGAAAUUCUUGACUAUUUCUCAGGAAAGACUCUUGAAGGAUUGAAGAAAUACUGAGAAAAAUUGUGCGACAGAAAGAUGGCUAAGCAGUUGACCCAAAUCAACAAAUCUGACUAAGAUAUCUAAUCAUUAACAUUUACCUCCUAUCAAUU